GACAGUGUCUCUGUUUUACUCUUUCCAUCUUCGAGUACCAAUUAACACAAUGUUUGAAUCAGUCCUGAAUCUACGGCUAGAGGGCAUUUAGCAAGACGGUGUCAUCGCUAGUGGUUAAAGUUUUAGAGAAUGAUGAGUCAAAGAUUGUCCUGCCAGAAGGGUCUCCGUCUCUGCAUAGGAUGAAAACUCCGAGUCCUCUGAUCAUCCGUCGGUGCCAAAUCAGAAAAGAGAGUCCCAGUCCCCGUUCCCACACCAGUGCAAUUAGCAAUCAGACUUCUGCAACGAAUCAGAAGUCUCGAUCUACAUCCAGCUUCAUCAGAGCUGCCAGCAAGAGAGUGGCUGGAGUUCUUGCUGCGCUUCUCUUUUGGAAGAGGGAGGUCAACUCCACCGCUGAUCAAACUAAAGCCAACAAAGUAAAACGUGCUGUUACAGGAUUGUCCGAUUCAAUAGAUGAUUCUACUGGAAGCACUAGUAAAUCUUCAUCAAGAACAAAAUACUCCUACUCUCGCGAGUCUUCCAAUGACAAUAUUAUACAGAUUGGUUCACUUCAAACUUCGUUUAAUGAGAUAUCGAAGGCAACUGGCAAUUUUUCUUCAGCAAAUAUAAUUGGUGAGGGAGCUUUCGGAACAGUUUACAAGGCGAAGCUUUGGGAUGGAUUUAUGGUCGCCAUAAAGCGCGCUAAAAUGGAAUCUUUUGAUCAACGUUUGUCAGCAGAGUUCAAGAAUGAAAUUUUGACAUUAUCAAAGAUCGAGCACCUAAAUUUGGUAAGAUUUCUGGGGUACCUGGAGCAUGGAAACGAGCGCAUAAUCAUCGUUGAAUAUGUCAGCAAUGGAACCCUUAGAGAGCACUUGGACGGGACGCGGGGAGAUGGACUUGAAACUGCAGAACGUUUAGACAUUGCAACUGAUGUCGCUCAUGCAAUUACCUAUCUCCACACAUACACUGAGCCUCCAAUUAUCCAUAGAGAUAUUAAAGCAUCAAACAUACUGCUCACGGAAAAAUACCGUGCGAAAGUAGCUGACUUUGGAUUUGCACGGCUAGCCGCUGAGGAUCCUACAGCAACUCACAUUUCCACUCAAGUUAAAGGAACAGCUGGCUACUUGGAUCCUGAAUACCUCAAGACAUACCAACUCACUGAAAAAAGUGAUGUAUAUUCGUUUGGCGUAUUGCUCGUGGAAAUGAUGACAGGAAGGCAUCCCAUUGAUUCGAACAAAAGCACAGAUGAGAGGGUAACCGUAAGAUGGGCUCUGAGGAAAUUAAAGGACGGAGAAGUUGCGGUGGUAAUGGAUCCAAGAUUACGAAGAAAUCCAGCAUCAAACCAGGCUGUUGAAAAGGUACUCAAACUUGCUCGGCAAUGCCUUGACCCUUCAAGACGGGCAAGACCAUCCAUGAAGAGAUGUGCUGAGGUAUUGUGGCAAAUCAGAAAGGAAUUCAAGGACAUAAGCAUUGCUCACACUGCUGCUGCUACUCACCAUUCAGCAAAUGUCGUCGAGGGGGGUAUAAGAAGGGAUUGGCAGGACCUAUACGGGAUUCCAGAUACUGAUUACUACAGAUUUUAUUCAUCCAAGGAAAAAAAAUCAAGAACUACUCAUGACUGCUUAGAGAUUUGA